GGUUCUAAUUGUACAACAUUACGUGUGGCGGUGUUGACAACCAAACCAAGUGGUCUCUUAAUGACCGUUGUUAUAAGGUUGAGUUUCGUGUACACGGCUUUCGGGUCACGGCAAGGUUUUGGCUGCUGUCGGGAAUUAUACUUAGUUUAUCACCAGUUCCGAUCGGCCCACCAUCACGCAACUACGGGACUGCCGAGUCUAUCAUUCGUCCGCCAGGUGCACUUCACUAACUUGAUACCGAUACCGCGAUACAUAUGGAUGACAUCCUGGUUUUAUCCUGAACUGCAUCAUACGUUCACGCAUCGGAUGCCGAUCCUUUGUUCAGCGGUAUCCUUGACAGCUAUCACUGCAUUUGACUCGUCUUUAUAUUCGGCGCCUUCUCACCGACGAAAGUAAACCAUAGGGGUAGAAUAAUAAUGAACUAUAUACAUAUCACCUAUCGUCAUCCAUCACUGCUGAGCAGUCUCAAUCUUAUCUCUUUCAGUCUAGAUACCUGAUUCUUCCUCUCCCACGCCAUCAUUACUCGCAAGCAAUGGCUGCGUAUCUCCCUUUAGAGAUCGUCCAGUCCUUCCUUCUCCAUCUCGAUGUGGAAACAUAUAUUGCUGCACGGCAGACAUGUCGCUCCUGGCGAUGUGCGGCGUCGGCACCAUACAUGUUCAGCAAAGCUCUACAGCAAGUCCCGGUGUCAUUACCUCCAACGAUAAACACCCUGACUCAAGAUCAAUGGACCACAUACUUCGCACAGAUCACCCGCUUGAAUCUACUGCACUGCCGACAGGAUAUUAGGAAGUCGGUGACCCAACGGGACCUCCCCCAUGAAUGCUCCGCUACCACUGUGGUGGGCACCUCAACUGAUGGACGGAAACUCGUGACUCUGAAAGGAGGGCGGGCGACCCUCUACGAGCGUGCAAACCUGACAAGUCCAUGGGAGUACUCCCGGUGUAUGACACUCUGUUCGCAAUGGACCUCUGUCGCCCGUGCCAUGCUAGAAGGGGGAACCGCAGGCUGCAUGUCUAUCAACCAGCGAUACGCAAAACAGAGUAUCGCUGUCUCCUCUCAAGGGGACCUUAUCGCCGUAGGGCUGGGGAGAACAAUCCAAAUCUACAGCCUUCGCAAGGAUCAGCAUCUUCUGUCUCCCGCAGAAUAUGUACUAGGCCAAGAUAGCUCAUUGACCAGCACCACACGAGGCCAGUACGAGGACACAGACGGCGUCAUCGAUUCCCUAGAAUUUACCGACGACGACACUCUCCUCCGUAUCUCGAUCAACAAGGAAACAACCAUUCAUCAACCCACCCGAGUGCGGUACUUGGGCUGUCCGGACCUCGCACAAAACCAACCCGACCUCAACUACUGGCGAGCAAACAUCAACCGGAUCUACCUCGACUCAGCAGCUUUGUCAGUGGCACUUGCAGGACAGGACGAAUACCGGCUGAUCUUCCGAGGCCUACGACUCCUCCCCCCAUCAUACCCCGCCACCCAGCAACAAGAACAAGAAGACCAGCAGACCUCUCCUCCAACGCCACGCUACUUCGUCGCAUCACUGCAGUCAGGCGUCAUCCACGGGUACUGUAUCGGUCUCGCAACACCUCUCACAUCCACCCCUCCCCAAACAGUGAAGGUACACCGACUCCUCCCAUCCGCCUACUUCCGCCCCGGAGACGGCAUCACAGGCACCCGCACAGAGGAACUGCCACCACUCAACCCACUCCUCCCAUCCAGCCGCUGCGACGAGCAACACAUAACAUACAACCUGCUAGACACAGUCCCGCGGUGGAGCGCAGCCAACCUCCCAUCGGCGACCUUCCCAUCCCCCCUCCUAUCCAUCUCCACCGACCACAAAAUCCUCGCCCUCUACGAACCAAGCGGCAACUACUCCCCCGCCAUCGUCUCCGGCGGCUCGUUAUACCUAUACUGUCUCGAAAACUGCCGCCCCAUAUACCAACCGGGUCCGCAGAGAUUCAAACAGCCAACCCAGAAGACCUCCCUCCCUCAUCAGCGGGCUGAUGGCCCUGAGGACAAAUUCAGCGUCGAUGCCAGAUAUCCGCCCCCGGAUAUCGUUCCCUCUUGGCCAUUCCUUCUUGACAAAGUGCCCGUUGAUAUCGACUCUCUUGAAGUAAAACGGUCAACUCAUGACGACGGUGUGGUCAACUCGAAGAGUUGUGCAUAUACUGUUACCGCGCGUUCGGGCGGACAGGUUCUGGAGUGGCGGAUGAGUGCUUAGGAUGUGUCGGAUUCUAUGGAUCUUUUUUCGUUUGCUCUCUUUUGGGGAGGGGGUAUCUUCUCCAAUCGGAUAGACUGGUGUUUCAUGGUAUUAUAUUUAAUGGGAUAGAUCCGGAUAUAAAGUUGUCUUAAUGUAUACUUAUACGAGUGAUAAUAUGGAUAGAUCAGGAAAUACAUACGAAAGAUCUGGCAACCUCAGCCUUGUGGGUUCAAUGCCAGAGAAUGUAUUACUGUAUGUUCAAUUAAUUAUUAACGGGUGUUGUAUUUACACACACUAGCAGCCAAGGCUGGUAGCAAAAUGGACCACAUAGAGGGGAAAGCGUAAACAGAUGCAUAUGCUUGGAAUAUUUUCUGUACGAAAGUCACUCGCAAGGCAACCAU